CCUCAGCGGGCUGCAGCGCAGGCGCAAUAGCUCGGGAGAGCUGAUCUUAUUGCCCCGCCUCUAUGAAGAGGCUCCUCCUCCGUCCCUACCCGGCCCAGGUCUGUCAGGGCCGCUCCGCAGAUAUGCCACGUUAUUGCGCUGCGAUUUGCUGCAAGAAUCGUCGGGUACGAAAUAAUAAAGACCGGAAGCUGAGUUUUUACCCGUUUCCUCUACAUGACAAAGAAAGACUUGAAAAAUGGUUAAAGAAUAUGAAACGAGAUUCAUGGAUUCCCAGUAAAUAUCAGUUUCUGUGCAGUGACCAUUUUACUCCAGACUCACUUGACAUCAGAUGGGGUAUUCGAUAUUUGAAACAAACUGCAAUUCCAACAAUAUUUUCUUUACCUGAAGAUAAUCAGGAAAAAAACCCUCUUCCAAAAAAAUAUUUGAGGAAAAAAUCGGGAGAUGAUAAAGAAGCAUGCCUAAAAGCCAAAUCAGAAGAGUCAAUUACAUCAAAUGAGCUAAAGAAAAAUACAGUUAACAUAGCUGCCUUCUCUGAACCUACAGAUGUAAUUGAUUUAUCUUCUUUGACAAAAUCACCAGCUCUAAAAUCAAGUCUACAAAAUAACAUACUAAUUCUUAAUCUAGUUAAACAAGAUACCAGGAAGUCAGCAUCUACCUUGGAAACAUCAGUUAACCAAAACCCAGGUGAAGAUGGUUUUCAUGCAUCUUUUGAGAAUCCAAAUUCUACAACUAUUACUUUGACAAUUUCAAAUCCAAAAGAUAUCCAACAGCCUGUGGAGAGACGAGAAGGGCUUCAAAUACUUAAUCAACUUAUUAACACACAUUUUACAAGUAACUCCAUGGAAAUUAAAUCAGCACAAGAGAAUCCAUUCUUUAUCAGGACCAUUACUCAAGGAGUUGAAGAAUUAAAUACAAAUAAGGAGUCAGUUAUUACCAUUUUUUUACCCACAGAAAAUGCCAAGCAUAUCGUUAAUUCUUAUAUACCUGCCCAAAAAGAAACCAUGGAAAUGGAAGACAUAGACAGUGAAGACCCUUUACAUAAGGAUUUAGAUUACGAGACAGAAAUUUUACAAACUGAACAUUCUUACUGCAGGCAAAACACAAAUAAGGAACACCUUUGGCAGAAAGUCUCAAAACUACAUUCAAAAAUAACUCUUCUUGGGUUGCAAGAACAACAAACCUUAGGAAGACUGAAGUCUUUAGAAGCUCUUAUAAAUCAGCUAAAACAGGAAAAUUGGCUAUCUGAAGAAAAUGUCAGAAUUAUAGAAAACCAUUGCACAACAUAUGAAGUUACAAUGACAUAAAAAUUUUUUAAAUUCAUUUUAUUUUUUAUUGUCUAACGAGAGCACUGCUCAGCUGUGUCAUAUAGUAGUGUCAUAUAUUAAACCUGGGACCUCUGAGAGGCAUGAAAAUGUUUUUUUUUAAUUUUUAUUUAUAAAAAGGAAACAUUGACAAAACCAUAGGAUAAGAGGGGUACAGCUUCACACAAUUUCCAUCACCAGACCUCUGUAUACCAUCCCCUCCACUGAUAGCAUUCCUAUUCUUUUGUUUUUUAUUUUUCCCUUUUGUUGCCCUUGUUUUUAUUAUUACUUUUGUAAUUAAUGUCGUUGUUGGAUAGGACAGAGAGAAAUGGAGAGAAGAGGGGAAGACAGGGGGAGAGAAAGACAGACACCUGCAGACCUGCUUCACCUGUGAAGCAACUACCCUGCAGGUGGGGAGCUGGGGGCUCAAACCAGGAUCCUUAUGCCAGUCCUUGCACUUUGCGCCACGUGCGCUUAACCCACUGUGCUACUGCCCGACUCCCAGCUUUCCUAUUCUUUAAACUUCUGGGAAUAUGGACCCAAGAUCAUUGUGGGAUGCAGAAGGUUGAAGGUCUGGCUUCUGUAAUUGCUUCCCCGCUGAACAUGGAGGUUGACAGGUCGAUUCAUACUCCCAGCCUGCCUGUCUCUUUCCCUAUGGGGAAGGGUUGUGGGGAAGCGGAGCUCCAAGUCACAUUGGUGGGUUUGUCUGUCCAGGGAAGUCUGGUCACAUCCUACUAGCAUCUGGAACCUGGUGGCUGAAAAGAGAGUUAAUAUACAAAACCAAACAAAUUGUUGAAUAAUCAUGGACCUAAAGGCUGGAAUAGUGCAGAUGAAGUGUUGGGGGGGUCCUCCAUUUUGUGGAUAGCUAGUGGACAUAAUUUAGUUAUAUUAAAAAGGGUCUGUAGCUAUACUAGUGUUUGUUUGUUUGCCUGAUCCUGAAAUCUGAUAUGCAGGUGGAUCCUAAUUAUUGUUUGGGAAGAUGAUGUCAUGGCUGGGGGAAGGACCAGAAAACUGAAUCAGGGAAGAGAGCAGCUCCCUAAUAUGGGGAAGGGGUAUAAAUAUUACUAUAAAUCCCAUCAAUUUGAUGUGAUCUGGGGCCCAUAAUUAGCUUAGGAGCCUGUGUGACCUCUACAUCCCUCUAGAUCUGAGCUCAUAUUCUGUGGUCAUGAGUAGGAACAUUCCAAACUGCCCCAGUAUUGACCCAUCUUCCUCAGGUGUAGCAUAGAGCAUAUUGUCCAGCCUUCCUUCGGAGGAUGGAACAUCCUCUACCAUUGCUGAUCCAGGUUGAAGGCAAAGUCCUAUGGGGGCCCACAAAGGGGUCUAUUUUGUUGUUCCUGUUAGAAAUGACCGGUAACAAAGGAGAGGGAUUUAUUUGAGAUCUAGGCCCAUCAAGUCUGUUGGGGAAUGUGAGGCAUCCCCGAUUAGGGCCCCAGCUGGUGGAAUGGCCUGACAGUGACUAAAGAGUCAUCGUUAAAGUAAUCCAUGAAAGUAUUUUGCAGAAACUAUUGUGCUAUCUCUCCCAGCCCAAGUAAAUGGGAACUGUAAAGCUGACUUUCAUGUAAGUGGUUUUGCAGUCAGGACAAAUUACAUUUAAGUGGACUUGUUCAUGUCUGAUAUGCUUCUCUUAGUGAACUAAGAAGUGCUCUAAUGUUCCGGACUUCUUCCAAUACUUAAAAUGCACUUCUGAAAAAAAUGUCAGACUACAGAGAAAGUUUCAUUAGUUGAUAAUUUUCCAAGUUAAGGUUAAAAUAUAAUCAAUAGCUAAAAUGACAAGUCGUAUACUAGAAAACACAAGUAUAGUUAUAAAAAAAAAAAAAAGAAAGAAAAAACAGAA